GUGUCGCUGUUAACAAGCAUUUCUGAUUCUUACAAACAGUCCCUUUAAGCUGUCUAUGUACAUUGUAUUGGCCCCUAUUAAAUAAACCAUGAAUGAAUGAAUGACAACAAAUGAUUCUCAAUGGCAAUUAAAAGCAUAUCGGGUUUCUGGUCCAUCUCCCCUUUUAAUAAAAUGAAAUACACUACUUAUCAACAACAUCCAGUAAGCCUGCAGCCUGCAACGUCCAGUACGUGGGGGGCAAUUUUUGUCAUGAUGUCUCUGCGCGGUCACGAUGCAUCCGCGUUCACGACGUGUCUGCUGCACGCUGCACGCUGCACGCGACCAGCUGCAGACAGACAGCAGAGCGGCGGAGCGGCACUGCGGUGAACGGAGCAGAGGAGCAGCCUGAAAACCGGUCGUUAUUCUGCACACAAGGACCUGCUUGAUGGAUCAACUCCAGUGUGGCAACUGAUUGUGAAAGACUGAAAGGAUUUUGUGUCUUCCAGAGGAAAUCAUUAGGAAGAAGAUAACCCUGUUUGUGGGCUCUACUUCAGAUGUUUCUUUGAAAUAUCACUGGAAAUGGAGUGAGAGGCGACGCAAACAAAUAAGAGUGGAAGAAAGAGACGUAUACAGCAGCCCAGUGGAGACCUCCAGCAGAUGGCUGAUGGUGGAUCUAUUUUCUCAGCGGCAUGCUUUCAGUGUGAGGAUGGAACCGGGGGAAUCUGUUUUCCAUAACCAGAGGAUUACCAGGAGAGAAGCCACGUAAUGUUUUUUUUUUUAAUGAGGAAGAAUUCAUUUAAAAGCACAUUCUGAGACGCUACAAGAAAAGCAAAUACUACAAUGACUAGUGAAUCGACAGCAGCUUCAUUCAUGACCUACAGAUGACUUGGGACUCCACCACAUGUGCAGUUCAGGGUACAUAUACAGAGUGUACCCGCCUUGUGGAUUUCUUGCUUUUUUUCUCCCACAAAAAAUGGACUCAAUUGCUUCUAAUGUUGAGAAGCUUUAAAAACCAAUCCUGCAUGUCUUCAGGGCGAUCUGGUGAUGACAAGGUCAUCAGACUGAGCCACUGUGGAGAAAUGUCUAACACUAAGAUGGUAGCACCUGUUGGAAGAGGAUGUAUGAAAGACUGGUUUUCAAAAACUACAACAAUCUACUGCAGACAACAAGUUCCUGUCUGUUUUUCAGUACUCAUCCCUAUCUUCCUACUCCUUUUCUCUGUGGUUACACCCGCUCUGUCCAUUCAUGUGCAGUCCAUAGAGAGCCACAGCGAGUUCAGCUGCGAGCCCAUCAGACUGAGAAUGUGCCAGGAUCUGCCUUACAACACCACCUUUAUGCCCAAUCUACUGAAUCACUACGACCAGCAAACGGCUGCACUGGCCAUGGAGCCUUUUCAUCCCAUGGUGAACCUAGUGUGCAGUGCUGACCUGAGGAUGUUCCUGUGUGCCCUGUACGCUCCGAUCUGCGCUGUGUACGGCCAGGUGUCCAUGCCAUGUCGAUCCCUCUGCCAGCGGGCCAAGGAUGAGUGCCACAAACUCAUGGAGGUAUUUGGAGUAGCCUGGCCAGAUGACAUGGAGUGUAGCAGGUUCCCAGAUUGUGAUGAGCCCUAUCCUCGUCCAGAGGACCUGCUAACAGGCUCUGACCCCACUGACCAGUCAUCCAUGACUGUCCAGAGAGACUACGGUUUCUGGUGCCCCAGAGAGCUCAAGGUCGACCCAGACCUGGGUUACACAUUCAUGGGCAAGAAGGACUGUUCUGCCCCGUGCCCUUCAAUGUUCUUCAACCAGCAGGAGCUGAAAUUCAUCCGCUACUUCAUAGGAGUCGUUUCCAUCGUCUGUCUAUCCGCAACGCUCUUCACCUUCCUGACGUUUCUCAUUGAUGUUACCAGGUUUCGAUACCCUGAGCGGCCAAUAAUCUUCUACGCCGUGUGUUAUGUCAUGGUGUCACUGGUUUUCUUUCUGGGGUUCCUGUUGGAAGACAGGGUAGCCUGCAACGCAGUCCGCCCUUCCCAGUUCAGAGCUUCAACCAUAACACAGGGCUCACACAACAAGGUCUGCACCCUGUUCUUCAUGGUCCUAUAUUUCUUCACCAUGGCCGGCAGCGUGUGGUGGGUCAUACUGACAAUCACUUGGUUCCUGGCCGCUGUGCCUAAAUGGGGCAGUGAGGCCAUUGAGAAGAAAGCCCUCCUCUUCCAUGCUGUUGCCUGGGGGCUCCCAGGGGCCCUGACUGUCACCCUGUUGGCCCUUAACAAAAUUGAAGGAGAUGGGAUCAGUGGAGUGUGUUUCAUAGGGCUGUAUGACAUAGAUGCCCUGAGGUGGUUUGUUCUGGCACCGCUUUGCCUCAACGUGGCGGUGGGUGUCUCUCUCCUGUUAGUGGGGAUUGUGGCUCUGAAUCGGGUACGCAUGGAGAUCCCUCUGGAGAAGGAGAACCAGACCAAACUAGUCAAGUUCAUGAUCCGAAUGGGAGUGUUCUCUGUGCUCUACCUGGUCCCCUUGUUGACUGUGAUUGGGUGCUACCUGUACGAACACACCUACCGGAGCAUUUGGGAGACAACAUGGAUGGAGGAGAACUGCAAGCUCUAUCACAUCCCCUGUCCAUACAAGGUAGAGAGAGAGGUGGACCAGACCAGCAGGCCAGCUAUGGUUUUGUUCCUAAUUAAAUAUCUGAUGAUGUUGGUGGUGGGGAUCCCUUCUGUUUUCUGGGUGGGCAGCAAGAAGACCUGUUUUGAAUGGGCCAACUUCCUGCAUGGACGCAGACGCAAAGAUAGUGGGGUAAAUGAGUCUCGUCAGGUGCUGCAGGAGCAGCCGGACUUUGCUCAGUCACUGCUGCGUGAACCCAACACCCCCAUUGUUAGGAAGUCCAGAGGAACAUCCACUCAGGGCACAUCUACCCACGCCUCUUCCACCCACUUGGCUGUACUGGACGACCUUGACGAACCAGUCAGAACUCACCACCCCACCUCCACCAAGAGUAAGGCCAGCAGUCUCCACAGCAAGACCAGCUACCACGGCAGCCUGCGCCGCACUCGUGAUGACAGGAGCGAUACUAUGGUUUACCGAGGUACAGAGGAGCGCAGUUUCCAUGGCAGCAUGCCACGUAUCGACCAUCCGCUCUCUGCUCAUAGCAGCCUCCAUCAGAUAGAUGGCCACUCAAGGCACGGCAGCCAGCGAGACGUAGCUGAGGCCCCACCAACCCUCAUCACCCACGGAACAACGGGAAGUGACAGCCAAGCUCCUGAGAACGACGGCACCAGCGCCUGAGAAAAGAGGAUGUUUGUAAGGAGGCCGUCGAUGCCUUUUAAAAAGGAAGAUUUGCCCUCUGCUGAUACUAUGAAGGUGGAGAACGUUACCAGUGAGUGCGCUGGUGGUGAGUUUCGGCGUUAGUUCCCUGUUGAUAAUUUGUUAGCAGUGUGGCUAACACAGUUCAGUCAGUGAACUUGACUGAUAUCUCAUAGAUUCAGUUUAGUUUAACUGUAAAGCUGAAAAGUUUGUUUACGUAAUUAUUUGAACUUACACGGCAGAUGACUCCUGAAUGCUUGACUCAAAUAGGCUGAGCCGACGAGAAUACAUCCAUCUCCUCAGACGUUUGAUGACAUCAGUGAUGCUGACAUUAUUCAGGGAUCAUUUUGGUUGUGACCUGGUGAACUAAAGCUAGCACUGGAUAGGAAACACUGAAAAAGCGAGAGGGAGAAGUCAUCAUACUUAAUGGACAAGAACACCAUACGGUGUUAUUUCCAAGUCGUGAUCUUUCACCAUCUUGCAGGACCUACAUGAAUAUUAUUAAAUAUGUGAACACUGCCGAGUAUUGCUUUUAUAACAAUCUUAACCGAUUUGAAGUCUCACAUAAAAGUUGAUUAAGUGAGACUGGAUUAUCCUCAAUCUUUGUUUGCUCUGGACUGCGGCACUUAAUGAACGAUGUUUAUCUUUGUGUUUCUUAAGAGACUCAUAAAUAUGGGCUUAAUGUGAAAUCGUGGACCUCUCUGUGGAUUAGUGAAUAUUUUUAUACUGUGAAAAUUGUCUGUCUGCUGCUGAAAGCUUCAUUUAGUGAGUGUGUGUGUGUGUGUGUGAGAGAGUGAGCGAGAAAUGGAGACGCAAGUGGUCAUAUAUGUUUUAAACUUCAAUUCCCUCCAGUGGUGAACAGAAAAAAAAGCAUGAUGGGGUGAGCUGAACGAUCUGUGUAACCCAGAAUGUAAAAAGGAUCGUUUCCGAGUCAGAAAGAUGGUGAUAUAAUACGGACACGAUAGGGUGAAAUGAGCUGGAAUAAUGGGUUGACUCUUAGAGACACACUCACGUUUAUCCCAGCUCAAACUGCGUUUUGGCUUCCAAAAACAUUUUCUGCACAGAGGCAUUAGCUUGGCAGAUAAAAAAGGCAGCUUUGGAAAAAAAAAAAGCAACAUGACAGUUUAAUCAACCGAUUACAUGUUUGGUCAGUUGUCAGCCAAUCAAUCUAUGUCACAUAAUCAGCGUACUGAUAAAAGUUAGCUGAUAUCCAGAGUACUGUAACCCAAAUUCAGGUACACAUCCAUCAAGCCAUUCAAGCCUCAUGGCUGUAUAGACUGGAGUGCAAUUUAAAAAUGAAAACAGUGCUUCUAUUCUGAAAUCUAUCACGCACACGAGGCUGAAAGGUUGUUUUUUUGAGAGCAAGUGCUUUUUUCUAAUGUUAUUGUAACUUGAUAUGUACCUAAAUGGCUACUGUACAUGCUCUUUGCUCGUGUUUGUUUUUUGUUUUUCAGACGUAGAACUCAGACUUACCCAAAGAGGGGCAGACAAUUGGCAGUAAAACUAGAAAUGUUUUCGCUAAUUGUGAAUUGCUACAUUUUCUCUGGCAUAAUUUUACGUUUAAGUAAAUGUUACAGGAAGUGUACAGUAUAUUGUAAAUGUUUUUCUAUAGUUUGUGUUUUGUUCCCAAUCCCUAAAGACCCAAUUAACCUACCUCACCUGUACCCUCAGCCUUCUCCGUACCUGCGCAUACACACACACACACACACACUAUUUAGCUUGCUGUUUCUAAAGUAAAUAGUCAAAAACUCAACAUAAAAAAAUCAGUUCAGUAAAAGUGGUGAUGCUUAUUUCUGAACAAUCUUCUGUAAUAUGUAACCCAAAUCAAACACACUUCAAUUGACUCACGGGUUCUGCCUUCUAACACAUACAGUAAACAUCAGUAGGAUAUCUGUAGCUAGCUGUCUGACCUUUUUCCAGUCUACCUCUUCAGUUCAAAUGUACCUAGAUAACUCCUGGCCUUUCACCGCUGCCUCUGUCCUCCAGUCUGUCCGUCCACACCUGAUUUAAGUUCCUCAUGACCAACCACGUACUGUCAACUUGUCUGCCUGCAUAUCUGUUGUACUGUAUAUAUAUUCUCUGUCCUAUCUGAUGACUAAUCUGCCUCACAUCUGCCUUCUGCCUCUCCUCCUGUAAAUGUGCCCACGCUAAUCUUUUUUUGGACCUACAGCAACUGUCUGUACUCUUGCAAUUCAUGACUGCAAAAACAAACAUUAACCGUUGUGCUUUUACCUCUGGAUUGAACAUUACAACGAGAGAUGCGGCGUGAAACGCUGUCAAAAAAAUAAAAUCUCUCAUUCUUGUUAGCUCACCCAAGUCUGUGAUCUUUAAUAUUAGCCCGUCAAAGUGAGACACGAGAAAGAAAAGCUUUCCUUGCUCAUUGAUUUCUGAUGUCAUGCUGUGAGAUAACAGCUUCAGAGUGGACUGCAGUCGCUUAUAAAUAUGACACGUUAUCAAUGAUGGUUCAAAAAAUAUAUAAUAUUGUGAAUUCUGAAACUUGAGUUGUAUUUGCCUUUUAAUUUAUUUGCAGUUUGGGACUGUAAUGACUUCUUUUACAUGCAGUCUAAUAAACUUUUUAUAGACUUCA